UAAAGUUCUCAAAGCGCUGGCAGCGGCAGCUCUUGUGGAAAAGGAAGCGAGUUGGAGGGAGCCCGGCCGAGCAGAGGAUCAGCUGGGGUUACAAGCUCAAGGCAGGAAUUCUGAGGCUCUCAAGAGACCGGCUCUGCCCCCUUGGCUCAGCUGACCCUACAAUGCGGACUCUGCCUUUCCAGGUCAGGACUGGAGCUUUAAAAUAAAAUGGAUGAUUUGACGUUACUUGAUCUUCUGGAGUGCCCCGUUUGCUUUGAGAAGCUCGAUGUCACAGCCAAAGUCCUGCCUUGCCAGCACACCUUCUGCAAACCAUGUCUACAGAGGAUUUUCAAGGCCCACAAGGAGCUGCGGUGCCCCGAAUGCAGGACCCUGGUGUUUUGCAGCAUCGAGGCCCUGCCGGCCAACCUGCUGCUCGUGCGUCUUCUGGAUGGUGUGCGCUCGGGGCAGAGCGCGGGGAGAGCCGGCUCCUUCCGCAGGCCCGGUGUGCUGACCUCGCAGGACAGCAGGAAAAGCAGGACUAGCCCCAGAGGGCUGCAGUCCAGCCCUUUCCGCCUGGUGCCUAAUAUCAGGAUCCACAUGGAUGGGGUGCCUCGAGCAAAGGCCUUAUGUGACUACCGAGGGCAGAAUCCCGGUGACCUGAGGUUUAACAAGGGAGAUGUCAUCCUCCUCCGGAGACAGCUUGAUGAGAACUGGUACCAGGGAGAGGUCAACGGAGUCAGUGGGGUCUUCCCAGCCAGCUCCGUGGAAGUCAUCAAGCAGCUGCCCCAGCCGCCCCCACUCUGCCGGGCCCUCUACAACUUCGACCUACGAGACAAGGACAAGAGUGAGAGCCAGGACUGCCUGACCUUCCUCAAGGAUGAUAUCAUCACUGUGAUCAGCAGAGUGGAUGAGAACUGGGCAGAAGGAAAGUUAGGAGAUAAAGUAGGCAUCUUCCCAAUCUUGUUUGUAGAGCCAAACCUCAGUGCAAGACACCUCUUAGAGAAGAACAAAGGCCGUCAGUCAUCCCGCACAAAAAACCUGUCCCUGGUGGCCUCACCCUCCAGAGGCAAAGCAGUCAACACGCCCACCCUCCGAAGGGGCCCUGGAUCCAGGCGGAAGGGCCCCGGGCAGUUCUCCAUCACGACGGCCUUGAACACUCUCAACAGGAUGGUCCAUUCUCCCUCGGGGCGGCAAAUGGUGGAGAUCAGCACCCCAGUGCUUAUCAGUUCCAGCAACCCCUCUGUGAUCACCCAGCACAUGGAUAAAGCAGAUGUUCCUCCCAGCUCUGUGGGGCAGGUCAGCACUUAUCACCCUGCACCUGCCUCCCCAGGACAUUCCACGGCCAUCGUCAGUCUGCCCGGCUCCCAGCAACACCUCUCAGCUAACAUGUUUGUAGCCCUGCACUCCUACUCAGCCCACGGACCUGAUGAGCUGGAUCUGCAGAAGGGAGAGGGCAUCAGGGUCCUGGGGAAGUACCAGGACGGCUGGCUCAGGGGCGUCUCCUUGGUCACUGGACGUGUCGGCAUCUUCCCCAACAACUAUGUCAUCCCCAUUUUCAGAAAGACAUCUAGCUUUCCAGAUUCCCGGAACCCUGGUCUCUACACCACAUGGACGUUAUCCACCUCCUCUGUGUCAUCCCAAGGUAGCAUUUCAGAAGGUGACCCUCGGCAAGGCCGCCCCUUCAAGUCUGUCUUCGUGCCCACCGCCAUAGUCAACCCUGUACGGAGCACGGCCGGCCUGGGGGCUUCAGGACAGGGCUCUCUUCGGAAAGGGCGGGGCAGCAUGAGAAAGAGUAAGUGGUGGCAGAGAGAUGGAUCCCUGCAGAGACCUGUCCAGCCAGGGAACCCCACCCUUGUGGUGGGCUCCCUCAGGCGCAGCCCGACCAUGGUCGUACGGCCUCAGCAGUUCCAAUUCUACCAGCCACAGGGAGUCCCCUCCUCACCCUCGGCAGUGGUGGCAGAAAUGGGACCCAAGCCCACUCCCACUGGGGAGCCUGCCCUCACGUGCGUCAGCAGGGGCAGCGACACCAGGAUCCACUCGGCAGCCAGUUCCCUCAUCAUGGAAGGCAAGGAAAUGCCCAUCAAGAGUGAGCCUCUACCCAAACCACCUGCAUCUGCCCCACCGUCGAUCCUGGUGAAGCCAGAAAACUCAAGAAAUGGCACCGAAAAGCAAGUCAAAACCGUGAGAUUUCAGAAUCACAGCCCUCCUCCCACCAAACACUAUACCUCCCACUCCGCCUCCGGAAAGCCUGAGCAGCCAGCCACCCCUAAGGGGCCCCAGCCUGAAGCAGCCCCCUUGGGCCCAGAGAUGACCAUCCUAUUCGCCCACCGAAGCGGCUGCCAUUCUGGACAGCAGACAGACCUCCGGAGGAAGUCAGCUUUUGGCAAGACCAUGACCCCGGUGUCCACUGCCUCAGCCACGCAGACCGUGUUUCCCAGCAAAUGAAUCUACGGGUGGCUUUUCCUAGACCCCAGAGAGACCCUGCCUUGGUAAUCUUCCGAGGAGGAGCCAGCAACAACUGGGACACUGAAGAGAACAAAUGAUCUGUUUGAAUGGAAACUGCUCAAUGGAGAGUUGUGGACCAUAAGAUAUUCCUCGGACAUCAGGGAUGAUACAGGAAUACCAGUAGGCUGGCUUCCAAGACAGAGAGUAAUAGGAGAAAGAGCAAGUCUGUCUUUACCCAUAGAGUCAAUGGGUGGUAGGUCAGGAUGGAGAAAAGCAAAUGAGUCAUGUGCUGUUACAGGUUACACAAGACUCCCAUCCAUCCUCUAAUUCCAUUCUGUUGUCAAAGCCAAACUUUAUCUUGCCAAUUUCUCUCACUUUGGCACCUAACCAACAAAUGAAAAACUUGGACAUCAAACGCCUUCCAGCUCUGUGACUGGCCUGUCUGUCCAGCUCAGAUUUAGAGCCAUGCAGGGGAUGGCAUAAUAUUCUUCUCCUGGGUGUUCUUCACAAUGUCCCUAGCCUUCACCCACUCCCCUGACUCCCAACCAGGCAUCUUGCAUCCCUCCGCCACAUCCUCAUCCUUUUCCAUUCCAAUUCCAUCCUGUUUCUCCCCCCAGCACCUUCUGAUCCAGCGGGUUUCUCUUAGAACAUACUGAUCAAGGAAAUAAGGACCUGGAACAUAAAGAAUCUCAGACAAGAAGAAUCCGUGGCGUUAUAAGAGAGACACCACAGACGGCAAUGCUUACAGAGAGGCUAUUUCAAGUCCAAAAAUAUAAAAAUUAGUUACAAUAUGCAUUCCUUUUUGUUCAGAAAUAAGUCAUCUUAAAGGACAAGUCAUUAGAAGAUAUUCUACCCCUGGUUUGAAAAAACUAAUUUAAAAGGCAAAUUUUACAUUAUCUGUGCUAAACAGAGAGAGACAUUGCACAGAUAAAUGAAAUUCAGAAAUACCCUGAGACUCUUUGAGCCAUACAUUUUCAUCUUCUAGCUUAUCUUAAGACAUCAACAAGAAUUUCAUUUUUAAAAGCACAUGCUGCACUGAUUAUCAAAGACAAUGAAAGAAUGCAUCAUUAUUUGGAUACGUUAGUUGUUUUAAAGUUCAGGAUUAUAAUUUUGCACUGAAGCAUCCUCAGUCUCUCAUCCAGUCCUGCUUAUAAGCAGGAGCAAGCAUCAGCUAAACUAUGAGCAGAGCAAGGAUUAUAUUUUGUGGUUACACAAAUGUUUUCUUCUAUGUGAAACUGUCACAUGAAGAUUCAAACUAGCACUCAUCUCUCAAUGGGAUGAAUAACUUGGACUUGUUAAUCACAGUCUUCUCUUAGUUAACCCAAGGGGAAGGUGAUAAUAAGCAACAAGAAGCCCCGAAGUAUUGGCUUUAUCUGCCAAGUGGUGAGUGGGAAGGCAAGAGGUAUGAUGAGACCACCAAAAGGAUAAUUCAGUGAUGACAUCUCCUUCUCACACAUGGUCAAUGAUGGUGCUGCCAAUUGUCGGUCACCCGUUGUCUCUGAACUGCUGUGACUAAAUGUUGGUUCCAUUUCUUCUAGGAUAAAUUCAGGUUUGCUUGGCUCCUCUUUAGCCUCAGCAGCAAUGAAUAUAGAGAUGCUGCCUUCAGAGUCUGGAAUCUACUUGUUACUACCAUGAGGCCUUACAGCCUACCUAUAAAUAGGUUUUCAUGACUUUAUUUUCCAGGGCAAAGUCAUAGAAUGUCAGAGUUAGAAGGAAUUUUACUUCUAUCAAUGAUGUAUGAAAAGGUUAAGUAUGGGCAAACUGCCCACACAAAAGCAAGUUGUAUAAACUGGGGGGAACAACAUAGCUUUUAAUCCCCAGAAACCAUUAGAUCACAUUGGCUAAUUACAGCCUUGUCUUCAAGGCCCUCUCGCUCGGUUUUCUUCUAUUGGCUUCCCCCUCCUCACAUUUAGAGCAACAGGAAACCACCACUCCUAAUUUUUCCACUUGCUGUUUUUUAAGUCUCUGGGAACUUUCCAUGGCUUAUAGUGGAGGAUUUCAUAGAGAUUUAGCUUUUCCUUUGAACCUGCUUAGCCAAUCAACCAAAUAUUUUCUUAAAACACAAAAUGAAGAAUCCAAUUUGUUCCCAGCCAGCCAAGAAGCUUAGAAAAUCUCCCCAUCUCCUAAGUUUUCAUUUCUGGACUGUCAGUUCCAACACAUAGAUUCCAAAUAUCAUGGGUCAAAAGUGGUAGAGGUGGUGGGGAGGCACAUAAGGAUGAAUUAGAAUGAUUAGAACGAGGUCAGCCCAGAAAUCUACCCUAGAAUAGUUUGCUGACCAUGAAGUCUGAGUUUCGUCUCCUGGAAUUGUCGCUCUUCUUACUACAUGUGGGGUCAGGAGGAGGGGGUAUUGUUUAGGGAAAAAAAGAUGGAAGGGGAGAAAAAUUCACUCCUCCAUGGAAAUAUAAGCAGAAAACCUACAGACUCUUGUGUCUUUGCUUGUUUUUUUUCAGUACAGUGUUUUUAAUAGACCAAAAGAGAAUCUGUAUGAGGUAAUAUGUAUGUGAAUAAUGUUUAUAAAAAGGGUAUAAUAUGUUAGUCAUUAUGGACUAUUGUAUAAAUAAACCUUAGAUAUAUAAAAUAUAUAAAUGUUUAAAAAUUAUUUUACAGGGCAGUGGACACUUAACGACUUUCAAACUUUUUACUUCUUUGUUCCAAAAAAUAGAGAGUUCCAGGGCUGGCAGCUUAUUUCCUUAGUCUAUUCCACUGUAAAGCCAGGGGAUUUGGGGGGGUUUUGUUUGUUUUCUGGUUUUAUAAUUUAUGAUCUGUGUGGAUUACUUUGAAAUGCCUGUUACAUAAGUGUUGGUGCUGUUUACCCACAUGGAGUCAUCAGAAAUCUGUUCCACGCUUUGCGUGGAAUUUUCUAAUUCUAAACCAAAAGGAAUUUUCUAGUGAGAAGAAAAAUACACAGAAUAUGCCUUCACUGUUGGGUAACUCUCACAUUUGUACCACUGACAGCUUUCUGUAAGUCUGAGGAAAUGGGGAGUUUAAUAUCAGAGUUGUUGUGUCUCACUUAAAUAUUUGAUGUUAUAUAACUUUUCUCCUGGGAAGAAAGCACAUAUUUUUGUUAACUCCUUUUUUCUUGGACUUGACAUAUUCUAGAGGAAACUAGGAGUCCUGGCCCUCAGCCACCUUGCUUCAGGACCACUCUCUACCAUCACUUUUCAAAGAACCAUCCACAUAUUAAUUCCCCAUUUUAUGUUCUGUGCUUCAGUGGUGGAAUCAAUGUUUUUAGAGCCGAGAGUUUUCCUUUUCUGGGGCUUGAGGCUCUAAUGAAGUGUUAAGUUUGCCCUUUUCC